AUGCCGUCGACGAGAUCUCUCUACCCCUUCGCGAGCUCUUCACCUUCUCUAGAUCCCACAACCGAGAAGGCGGGCACCCGCAGGACCUCUUUCUCCAAACCAUCAAAGUUCACCUCCUUCUUCUCCACCUCGCCAAAGUCUCGUUCCGCCCUGUCAGAAGCAGACGCUAUCAAGGCCGCCCUCGCUGGUCAGGGAGCGCAGCACCCGUACAAUUCCCCUUCAGCUAUAAGCACUUCGUCUCUGUCGCUUCCUUCAAUAAGCCUGUCAACUGCUACCGGCACAAACAUGAAGACGGAAGAUACGACUUUGUUCCAGCCGCCUACGCCGGCUGAGGCUGCACGCAUUGCUCGCGCACACGCACAGUUUGGACCGCUGGGCUCGAAGAACCACCUCUACUCAAGUCGCUUCGUCGGCAACGACUUCCCCGACCCAAUCGAAGACGAACCACCUAUGUACUUCCUCAUCACCACCUAUAUAUCCUACCUCAUCCUUAUCAUAUUCGGUCACGUACGAGACUUUUUCGGAAAGCGUUUCAGGGCGGAGAAAUACAAGUACUUGCGGGCCAACGAUGGCUAUGCUCCUCUCAACAGCGACUUUGACAACUUCUACACCAGGCGUCUGCAGAAGCGCAUCUCGGAUUGCUUCGCCAGACCUACUACUGGUGUUCCAGGCCGCUUCAUCACCCUGCUCGACCGCAAAUCGAAUGAUCACAACAUGACCUUUCACUUCACCGGCACCACCACAGAAACCCUGAACCUCAGCUCCUACAAUUAUCUCGGAUUCGCACAGUCGGAAGGUCCUUGUGCGGAUGCUGUGGAGAUUACGACUCGAAAGAACGGUAUCAGCGUUUGCAGUCCCCGUGCGGAUGCUGGUACUACUGACCUGCAUAUCGAGGUUGAGGACCUGAUUGCGAAGUUCGUUGGCAAGCCAGCUGCUACAGUCUUCUCAAUGGGUUUCGUCACCAAUGCUACAGUAUUUUCUGCUCUAGCCGGCAAGGGAAGUCUAAUCAUCUCCGACGAGCUGAAUCACUCCUCAAUUCGCUACGGAACUCGUCUCUCCGGAGCCAUGAUCAAGAUGUUCAAGCACAACAACAUGAAGGACUUGGAGAAGGUCCUCCGCGAGGCUAUUUCUCAAGGUCAACCACGAACCCACCGCCCGUGGAAGAAGAUCAUCCUCGCCAUUGAAGGUCUCUAUUCUAUGGAGGGAACCAUGUGCAAUCUUCCUGCCGUCUUGCAGCUCAAGAAGAAGUACAAGUUUCACCUGUUCAUUGACGAGGCUCACUCGAUCGGCGCUCUUGGACCUAACGGGAAGGGUGUGUGUGACUACUUUGGCGUUGACCCUGCGGAAGUCGACAUCCUGAUGGGCACUCUUACCAAGUCUUUCGGCGCGAACGGUGGAUAUAUUGCAGCAGACAAGGACAUCAUUGACAAGCUUCGUGUCACGAAUGCCGGCACACUUUUCGCCGAAUCACCGUCUCCUCCAGUCCUCAUGCAGAUAUCGGCCGCUCUCCGCUGCAUCAGCGGCGAUCUGGCGCCUGGCCAAGGCGCAGAACGUCUCCAGCGCCUCGCCUUCAAUUCUCGCUACCUUCGCCUUGGUCUCAAGCGUCUCGGGUACAUUGUGUUUGGGCACGACGAUUCGCCAAUCGUUCCCAUCAUGCUGUACAACCCCGCUAAAAUCCCAGCCUUCUCGCAUGAAAUGUCUGCUCGCAAGAUCUCCGUGGUAGUGGUUGGAUACCCGGCCACGCCUCUUGUUGAGAGUCGUGCCCGCUUCUGCUUAUCUGCCGCCCACACCAAAGAAGAUCUCGACCGCGUCCUGUCUGCUUGCGACAGCAUUGGCGACAUUCUCCAGCUCAAGCUCAGCAGUGGUAUCGCUGGUGGUGCCGAGCCCAUUCCUGAUGGCCUAACCAAUGAGGAGGAGCACAGGAUCCAGAAAGGCGAGAAGACUGAGUUCAAGCCACCACGCUGGAGACUCGAAGACGUCCUCAAGCGGGGUGUUGACGACAUCAAGAUGCCUCUGAGAUGA